GAGAGUUCGGCAGCGCUGACUGCUUCGGUUGCGGCUGUUGUGGUGCUAGAAGGCUGCUGCUUGCUGCAAGUUGUGUGUGUGACAUGUGAUAAACCAUAUUCCGUGUGACACCUGCAUGGCCCAGGUUAGAGACCAUAGCCGGGUAGAGAGGUUCGCGGACAUGAUGGUCUCUCCCGGCGACACCCUGAACAUCGGCAGUGUCCUUUUCCAAGUGGACUGGACAGAACCAUGGCUGAUGGGCCUCGUAACCUUCCACAUUGUGACGCUCAGCCUGACGCUGCUCACUCGAGACCGGGGCAAUGUGCAGGCAGGCUUGUUUGUGACAGCACUGCUGCUGGUCUACUUCUCGGAGGCACUCAACGAGCUGGCCGCGCGGCAUUGGCGUGCCUUCUCGAGCCACCAGUACUUUGACAGCCAGGGCAUGUUCAUCUCGCUUGUGUUCUCCACGCCCCUGCUGCUCAACUGCAUCAUCAUGGUGGGUCAGUGGAUGUGGACGUCCGGGAACCUCAUGAUCCGAAUCAAGCAAGCCCAGCUCCGGGAAGAGAUCCGCCGGCAGCGGUCGGCCAACUCGAGCCAUUCCAAGGGGAGCAAGGGCGACUGAGUCCAGUCAGCACUGCCGGCUCGGGGCUACCCUGUGGUGCUCGGAAGAAACGGGGUGGUUGCCCAAACUGUUGCAUCACCGCACUCUUCUUGACCCCAGUCUUCUCGACCUGUCCCAUCUGUGUGUGACUGCAACGUGCUGCCUCGAACAAGCACACACGUAGUGCAUCAAAAGUGCAGGAAGUGUGACGGUCGUUGGAAUGGUGCUCACCGUUGCUGGUCACGGGAAGUCAAGUCGUGCUUUCAUGCUGGUGUCUUCUGCCAUGCGGCAUUCAGUGUAAUAUUGGGAACCACUUUUUGUUGGUUUGGUUUGUCAUCAUGGGAUUUCAUUCUUCCUGCUUUUUUACUCUCCUGCAAUCUUUUGAUGCAAUGCGCUUUGUCACAAAGAAAACUGCAGUUCCUUUUAUCUUUUGUCUUUAUCUGCUGUGGAUGUGCCGAGCGUCACAGUAGCGAAAAAAAAAAAAAAAGAGUAGCGCUGUCUGGCUGUUGGUUCUUGCCAUCUGCCUAGCAGAACUUAACUAAGCCACAAAUCUCGGUGACAGGCUGAUACGAUAAGUAGCCUUUUGCUUGCAUUCAACUCUUUGUUAUACUGGUAUUAAUGUAACGAAAGAGAGACAUUUUUUUUCUCGUCCCGUUGGUUUCCAGUCAAGUUUGAGAAAGUCGUGUCAUUCUGCAACUCUUGCCAAUUGAGCACCUGAACCACUUUCAGGCAGUGUUGUGAGCAUAGGACUGCAUAUCCUCGGCUAAGCUGAGGCUUUUAGUGUUAGCUCGUGAACGGGUAAUAAAAUUUAAUGUUGUCGGGAACCCAUUUUGUUGUAAAGUAGUAUUUAAAGGUUUGGCAGCCCAUGAAUACAUUAAAAGGUACCUGAACCAUCCUUUGAGUUUGGUGAAUACGUAUACACAUUCCGUGGGUGGAGCAUGGAAACAUCUCUGCCAAGUUUUUGUGUUUGUGUGUGUGCUCAUAAGUGGAAUUUGAAUUUAGCUCCCUCAGAAGGCUUGUUCUCAUCUUCUUUGGAACCACUGGCUGGCUGUGACCUGACAUUGCUGGCAGCAGCCCACAGCUGCCAGCCAUUGGGCAGAUGAAUUGCUUAGAUGACGCAGGUAUGGAACUAUACUGAAAGUUGUGCGCCGCACUUUGUUCUGAUAUCACAUUUGGCAUCUGUUUAAUUAAAUGAAACUGGCCAAAGUAAGGGAAAACAUUGUUUCGAAUUAUGUUGAAGAUGGCGCACUUCUGGAUGAAGACUCUCGUCUGCUCAAUCUUGCCUCCACCUGAACAAAACAUGAGCAGCACUCAUUAUUUGUGUGCUGACAUAUACAUAGGACGUCGUUAGUUUUGAGUACCAAUUUGUUCUACUCAAGUGCACACAGUCUCGUCGACCCUUCCAUGUUUCUCACAGGAAGAGGCACAGUUGACACGACCUUUGUGAAAGACGUCUUGAAAUGCACUCAUUAACCCUGGGUGCGAGCUGUGACCUCUUUAUUCUUGGAGUUGGUGGGAGCCAUACCUUAACAUAGCAGGAAUUCUUGGGUCUUGUGGGAACGCUUUAGCAAUGUUUCAGCGGCAGCUACCUGCAACGACUGGAGGUAUAGAACUGGCCAUCGACAUGCUGCAGAUAGAAAUAAAAGUUUAACGUAGGUGGCAUGGCUACUGGCAUCACCCCCACUGAGGGAGAUGGUUGAGUUGAGGAGGAAAAGGGCAUGUCAACUUUCUUCACUUAGAUCCUUUUGUUAAAUUCUUUCUGAAGUAUAUUCCUCAUCGGGCACUGCGCUAGUUCCAGGCUGAUCAGCACAUUUCAUGGAAGGGUGUUUGGAACAACAAUACCUUGAUCUGGGUGAGUUGGUUCACCUUGCUGACAGUGUUGUAACAGUGCAAAGGAUGAAGACGAAAAGGAGUGCAUACGACAGGCGGGUGCAGAAUUCAAGCUAGUGCUUAUUUCAAAAAUAAUAGCUGUCUUAAACACACUGCGUGGGGUGUCUGCCUUUUUGUCCUUUGCGCUGUUAGAACGCUGUCGGCAAUGUGUUUGGGCCCCCUAUGGACGACAAAAAGCUGUCUUAUCAUUUUGAAGAAUGCCUUAAUGAAAAUGAGAACACAGUUCUAUCUUUUUGAAACGCCUUUGCUGUGGACAGAGUGCACAAAUAGCUGCUGCAGUUCUCUGUGCUCUUCUGCUGUUAAUUAAAUCUUAAUUUCCCCAAUUGAUUGGCACCUGCACUGGGCUUUGAUUAAAGGGAAGAAAUGUUAGAAAGCCUCCAUUCCUUAUUUUCAAAUCUUGUGCAGAGGAGCACCUUUCUCUAAAGUCUGUAAAUGUCGAAGCUGUGCACAUUUCUGCAACGUGGCGGGCCACCAUAAAAGUCCCGCUGGGAGCAGCAUGCUCAGCUAACCUUCUGCUUCAAUCUUGAUGUGCCCAGCAUAUGAUGUGCACGAGGAUCAGUCCUGGAUGCUCAUUGCUUUGUGUUUGCAAUUGUGCUUCAGCGUUGUGUACGUGCAUUGCCAGCAGUGUGAUGCAGGAUAUGGGAUGAACUCUGGAGUGAUUCACUUCAGAGCAAUCCACAACCUUCCGGAAAGUGUGUAGGAGAGGACUGUGAUAUCUGACAUGCAGCCUAUGAGCGAGGGUGUUUGAGUUCUCAGAGACUGCAUGGGUGUGCAUGUGUGGCAAGUGGUGCUUAUUCCUUUACUUGUCAAGGAACUGUCUUGUUGUGUUCUAUUUCUGGGGUGAAUCGAUUUGUGUCCUGUCCAGCUGUCAUCAUGUGUGCUUCAUGUUCCCUGUCUUGGUGCAAGAGAGCUUAGCUGGCACCCAACUUGCUGAGCCUUGUGUAUCAACUGAUUUGGCUUCAUUCACUUGUGACCUGGUGUUGCACAGUGUUGCUGUUAUUUUAUUCGAAAGCAGUUAGCCAUCAUUUAAAAUUUGCUUGAACGCAUGAAAAAUUGUUAGGAGUUUGUUAAUUAUUCACUAUAGAAACUUUUAACGGGAAAAACAAUCAGGCAUGGUAAGCAAACACUUUUAAGGCUUCAAGCACGAAUUGUUGUAGCGAUGCCGAACAUUCAGGAAAGGCAGAUAUACUUGGACACUCAUCUAUGUUGGUAGCGACAACUUAAUGAAUACUUUUUGAGAAACACUUCAUUUUGUAAUUUAGAAUGUGCCAGAAGAUUUGUGUGAAAUAAUUUCCUUUGCAAUACAUAUUACAUAGUGCAAAUCACUUUUUCCAUUUAAGAUUCUGAUAAGCGAGGUUCAAAAUCUGCUAAAUAUUCUCAAGUCUGCUAAAAAUGCAAGAAAAAGCUUGUGUGAGGGUUGUUAAAAAUCUGCUAUUCACUAAAAGCUUGUCUUUGCCACUGAACUGGCCAUAACAAUCUAGAUUUAGUGGGAAAAUCCUUGUCUUUUAAAUGGAAUUUCGAGUUGCAAGACAAAAUGUGAUUGACAUGGGUGUCUUGUCUCGCGUAGGAUCAUUCCAGCUAGUCUUGGAACAGUGCUAGAUGUGUAGCCCCAUCUAGUGCAUGCUUUUCACAUUAGGAGCAUACAUGGUAGCGGUGCCUCUUCUAGCUAAUUUUAAGCUACGUUCGUGCUCACAUUCCCUGGUGCAGUCAGCGCAGCGUUGCUCUGUCCAGCUCGUUCGGUUGGUGUAACUUGCGCAAACACCGUUAGUUGUUGAGACCUGUAGCAUUAUUGCCUCAAGAACCCCGUUUCAACCGCGUGUCUAAUGUGCACGCUGUACUUUCCUCUAAUGGACUGCCUAUGUCGUGUGUUGAGGGCGUGAGUGACACAGUUUGUCUAGUUAAAUUAAUGCCCUCUUCUUCUGUAUUGUCCUUGCUGUCUAGCCUCUUGCUAUCGUCUUUGGCCAGUCUUGUAGCUGUGAUAUCAUGCAUAUGUAGAACAGCGUGCACAUGCUUCCUUGCUUCCUCUCUUGCGAAGCACUGAAGCAGCACUGUUUUUUUUUUUUUUUUUUUUUGUAGAGUGGAGGCCUUGCCUCAAAUAUAGAUAUUUUUUUGUG